AUGGAUGAGAGCUUGAGCCCAGCCACACAGAACCACAUCAAUACCAUGGCAAGUAACUUACUUCCCAACAAGCAGCCCUGCGUGGAGCGAGGCAAGUGGGCCAGCAAGACAGAGUUUAUUCUGUCUGUGGCUGGAGCUGUAAUCGGACUAGGAAAUGUAUGGAGGUUCCCGUAUCUCUGCUACAAGAAUGGAGGAGGAGCAUUUUUUAUCCCUUACCUCUUGUUCCUGGUGACAUGUGGUAUUCCCCUGUUCGUUCUGGAGACUGGACUCGGUCAAUACACAAGUCAGGGAGGAAUCAUGUGUUGGAGAAAGGUCUGCCCAUUGUUCGAAGGUAUGGGUUAUGCAAGCACAAUGAUCAUAUUUUACGGCUGCAUCAGUUAUGUGGUGAUCUUAGCGUGGGCAUUUUUCUACCUAUUCUCAUCCUUUUCUGGAGAACUGCCAUGGGCUGUCUGUAACAACACCUGGAAUUCAAAUCUGUGUGUUGUAUUAAAUGACUACAAUACCACCCGCAACAGAACCUCCUCAUCCUCAGUUAUAGAGUUUUGGCGAAAGCGUGUGCUUAAUAUUUCAUAUGGGAUUGAGGAGAUGGGGAACAUCCAGUGGGAACUUUGCCUGUGCAUGCUGCUGUCCUGGACAAUUUGUUACUUCUGUGUGUGGAAAGGAGUGCGCUCUACUGGAAAGGCCACCUACAUCACCGCUACCUUCCCUUUCGCCAUGUUGUUCGUGCUGCUCAUCAGAGGCCUUACACUUCCUGGAGCUCUGCAUGGGAUCAAGUACUAUCUGUAUCCUAAUCCCACCCGCCUUGCUGACCCACAGGUUUGGAUGGAUGCUGGGACCCAAAUAUUUUAUUCUUAUGCCAUUUGUCUGGGAAUACUUACAACACUCGGGAGCUACAACAAGUACAACAAUAACUGUUAUAGUGGAACAAGCUUCACUUCUGGAGUUGCCAUUUUCUCUGUUCUGGGGUAUAUGUCAGAGAAGCAGGGCAUUGAUAUUUCAUCAGUAGCCGAGUCAGGCCCUGGUCUUGUGUUUAUCGUUUAUCCCCAAGCCAUAACUCUGCUGCCAUUCCCACAAGUUUGGGCUGUCUGUUUCUUCACAAUGAUUAUAUUAUUGGGCAUUGAUGGACAAUUUGUAGGGCUGGAAAGUAUUAUGACGUCUUUAACAGAUGUAUUUCCGUCCCAAAUCAGAAAAGGCUAUCGCAGAGAACUUCUGCUUUUUCUGAUUUGUGCUUUAUCUUUUUUAAUUGGUUUGCCGCUGGUGUCAGAGGGAGGAGCUUAUCUUUUGCAGAUUUUUGACCAUUAUGUGUGCAGUGGACCAGUGUUACUUUUAAUGGCAAUCUUACAGUCAGUUGUUAUUGGUUGGAUUUAUGGAGCUCAACGCUUCUCCAACAAUAUAGCAGACAUGAUAGGAUAUAAACCCUUAGUCCUGGUUCAGUACUGCUGGCUGUAUGUUACACCAGCUGUAUGCAGUGGAACUUUCAUCUUUUUGUUAAUGAAGCACUCUCCUCUCCGGUUCAAUAACUCAUAUGUUUACCCUAAGUGGGCCUAUAGCAUUGGUUGGUUUCUUGCAACCUCUUCUCUGGUUAUGAUCCCAUUCAUUAUGGUGUGCAAACUUGUUCAUGGAAAAGGAAAUCUCUGGGAGCGGAUCAAAACCAUCGCGCAGCCUGCAGAUGACCUUCCAGUGACGGCAAAAUAA